GGAAAAGUGGGUAGAGAAAAAGCCGCUUAAGGACGGCCACAACAAAGACUGCUACUUUGCCGGCUCUCUCUCUCUUCUCUGUUUUGCCCACAUUUCCUCGUAAAAAACCAAACCAAUUAUUUUUUUUUCUCAUUCCUUUUAAACCCUUCUCAUUGGAUGACCUUUACCGCUUAUUCUUUUUCCUCUCUUUCUUUCCCGGACUCUUUAAACGUUUUUCAGAGAGAGAGAGUGUGUGUGUCUACUUCUCUUUAGCUCAGCUUUCAUGGCGAAAAUCUCACAGAAAACCCAGAAGAACAGUACUGAUCAUGAAAACGGUACUACUGCUACUGUUGCAAAGCCUACAACCAAAGUGAAACGGACUCGCAAAAGUGUUCCCCGUGACUGUCCUCCCCAACGCAGCUCGGUUUAUAGAGGUGUUACAAGGCACCGAUGGACAGGGCGGUAUGAAGCUCAUUUGUGGGAUAAGAAUUGCUGGAACGAGUCACAGAACAAAAAAGGAAGACAAGUAUAUCUAGGUGCUUAUGACGAUGAAGAAGCGGCAGCACAUGCCUAUGACUUGGCAGCAUUGAAGUACUGGGGACAGGACACUAUCCUUAAUUUCCCAGUAUCAACUUAUGAAAAUGAGCUCAAGGAAAUGGAGGGUCAAUCAAAAGAAGAAUAUAUCGGAUCUUUGAGGAGGAAAAGCAGUGGUUUUUCUCGUGGAGUGUCAAAGUAUAGAGGCGUUGCCAGGCACCACCACAAUGGAAGAUGGGAAGCACGAAUUGGCAGAGUAUUUGGCAACAAAUAUCUUUACCUUGGAACAUACGCUACUCAAGAGGAAGCAGCUACUGCAUAUGACAUGGCAGCCAUAGAGUACCGAGGACUCAAUGCAGUCACAAACUUUGACCUUAGCCGAUACAUCAAAUGGAUACGUCCAAAUCACCAAAGUAACCCUAACAACUCGGAAAACCCUCAACAAAUCCUUAAUGGUGACACCAAUUCAACCCCAAGCCCUAACCAUGACAAUAUUGGAAUAGGGUUUUCCAUCCAACCUCAAAGCUAUAGUACUAGUGAAACCUCGAUGACGACUCCACCGCGACUCGAUGGCGAAGGUGGUGGUGGCGGUGGCGGUAAUGAUAACAGUGCCUCAGCAUCAUCAGCACUAGGGCUUUUGUUACAAUCAUCAAAAUUUAAGGAAAUGCUAGAGCAAACCUCGGCCACUAAUUGUCCAUCAACACCACCGGAGCGGGAUCUACCUCGUCGAAGCUUUCCGGACGACAUUCAAACCUACUUCGAUUGUCAAGAUUCUAGCAGCUACACUGAAGGUGAUGAUAUUAUUUUUGGCCACCUAAAUCCAUUCGCAACACCAAUGUUUCAUUGUGAACUUGAUGGUUAAGAGUCAAAAUAAACUUUUUUGGAGAAAAAUAAGUCUAUCCUUAUGGUAUGAACGCUUUUAGAAUAUGUGAAUAUAUUAAAGGUAAGGAUAGUAACGGGGAAGGACAAUGAGCAACAAGAGUAAGGUGAAGGGGGCAAUUAGAUUUUUUUUUUAUUAAUAUUAAAUGCUUUUCUUCGUUCGUUUUAAAUUUGGAAAAAGGGAGUUUAGUUAUUUGUAUUGGUUCAUUUAAAUGUAGAUAAAGAUGAAGAUAGACAUUCAUUUGUCACAGAUUCUUAAUAAAUAGCAUUGGCAUUUUAGAGCCUCUUUUUCACAUU